CGUAACCCGGAAACAAACCAAUGUUAUGCUAGAUGCUAAUGAGUUGACGUAAACAACAUGGUAGACGCGUCUUAGUGUUUUAUGGCUAUAUAUACAAAUAUUUUUCUUAAGCUAAUAAAAGAAAGCGAUAUCGUGUGAAGGGUGUCAUAACACGACAGCGGGGAGUUUAAGCGCACCCCUAGACUGCGUUGCUCUUCUCCAAGAAGUCUUUAGCCCACAUCAGGCUAACUGGAAAUAUUUCUGUCAAAUUGGGUCCAGGUAGGACAGAGACGACAUGUCCUGCUGUUUGUUGGAGUUUUGUCGUCUCCAAGAGCUCAAGACAGUGAGAGACUAUUUGUUCCACGGUCAGACUGAGCCAGUGGAGAAGAAUCAAACAGCUCAAAAUGAACUAUCGUGGGACACGGAUGACUGGGAAACAGCCUGGGAAAGUGGCAUCAACAAAGAGCAAGAAGCUACAUCGGCCACAUUGGUGGAGGAAAGCACCGAGUUAAGUGCACGGUGGCUGCAGGACUGUGUGGUAUCCCUGUCUCCCUGCUCAGAUCUGCUUGUGGUGGCUCAUGAACAAAAGGCUGUUUUUCUCUCAGCUAAGUGGCGAACAGAUGAUGGUGGCAGAGAAGAGAUGACCCUGGCUGUGUCUUGGAGUGGAGUACUCAGCACUGAAGAAGGAGAGCGUGUGAGCAGCACCAUCUGUAUACCACUGGCAAGCCAGAAAAGGAGUUCUACCGGGAGACCGGAUUGGACAUGUGUGGUUGUGGGUUUCACUUCUGGCUAUGUCCGCUUCUACACAGAGAAUGGGGUUUUGCUCCUGGCUCAACUGCUUCACGAGGACCAAGUUUUAAGGCUAAAGUGUCGCACAUACGAGAUCCCUCGCCAUCCCGGUGUAACUGAGCAGCAUGAAGAGUUAAGCAUCCUCUACCCUGCUGCACUGGUCACCAUCGAUGGUUUCAGCCUCUUCCAGUCACUGCGGGCUUGCAGGAACCAGGUGGCAAGAGCGGCAGCUGCUGGUAGUGAUGCAAUUCAACCUCCUCCCCUGGCUUAUAAGAAAUGGGGUCUCCAGGAUAUGGACAGUAAUGUAGACCACUGUAGUGUGGGUGUCAUGACACUCAAUGUGUUUGAUCAGAUGAAGAAUGCCUCUAUUUUGGGGGGGUUCAAUGCUUCAAUCAAAGGCAGUCCUCCAGCCAUGAGCCAGUACGUCACAGUAGGAAGCGGCCCCUACGCUGGCUUUUACUAUGCGGUCGAGGGAAGCACCCAGCCUCUUCUUUCUCAUGUGGCUCUCGCUGUGGCCAGUAAACUUACAUCAGCCCUAUUCAGUGCUGCCAGUGGUUGGCUAGGAUGGAACAAGAACAAGAACAAGAAUGACGAUGAGACUGUCCAGAAACACAAGCCCAAGGUUGAACCUGCAACACCACUGGGGAUCAGAUUUGGUCUCCCAGACUCUCGCCGCCAUGGCGAGUCCAUUUGCUUAUCACCUUGCAACACGCUAGCCGGAGUGACGGACGACUUUGGUCGAGUCACUCUGCUGGACCUAAACAGAGGGAUUGCAAUUCGCAUGUGGAAAGGUUAUAGAGAUGCCCAAUUGGGUUGGCUGCAUGUUCCAGAGGAGCAAGUCAGUCGGGAAAGUUCCCUCUCAACUUCGCUCCCCAGACGCCAUGCAUUAUUUUUGGUUAUUUACGCCCCCCGCAGGGGAAUCCUGGAGGUAUGGGCGAUGCAGUACGGACCUCGAGUGGGCGCAUUUACUGUGGGCAAACACUGCAGGCUGCUGUACGCCGGUUACCGUCUGUUAGGGGUGAACAGUGUAACCAGUCAGGGAUGGAAGAUCCACACCCAUCAAGUGUGUUUGCUGGAUCCCGUCACAGAAGCCCUGAGGACUGUCAAUGUUCCCUUCCACCUGGCCCUCAGUGACAAGAAGAGUGAAGGAGCCAAAGAUAUGCAUUUGUUAAAGAAACUGACAACAAUACUCAAGAGCGGAGAAAUGGAGCCUGAUAUUUUGGAGAGUGAGACCAAAAGCCUGUUGCUGGAUAUCAAACAUUCCUCCGUUCAAAAACAGGCUUUAGAGUCUUUGCUGUCCAACAAGAACAUUCCUGUUUCAUGUCUCACAAACAUCACGCGCGCCUUACUCAGCACUCUGCAGCAGCAAGCUGGCGAAGAAGUGGAUCCAGUGUUAAUGCAGCUGUGCUCCUCCCAGCUCAAACUGCUUCAGCUUUACACCGACAUCCAGCGCAUGAACUCUUCUGCCGACACCGAGCAGCAUGAUGAACCUCUGGACUCCCUUGGUGGAAUUGAGAGUGAUUUGGCACGCGUGACUCCCACCUUGGAACGCUACGCCAAGUUCAACUCCAGGCCCAGCGUUUGUUUUGUUCAAGAUGCACCGGACGCACCUCUGACUGCCCAAGCCUUCCUAUCGCAGAUUGAAUGCACAGACGAUGGGCACUUGAAGCUUAUCCAGUGUUCCGAAGCAGAAUGGAAGCAGCUAGGGAGCUUCAUCUUCUGGGCUUGUCUAUGUGGUAAAAGCUCGAUACAUCAAAUCUGUGACAAAUUGCAACGGGCUGGCAUCAGUCCACAGCAGCUACUAUCUCUGUUGUUAAAUGUCUGGUUGCAACGGGAAAAGGAUGUGCUCCAAACCCCGACAGAAUGUCUGAGAAAUCUUCACGCGCUUCUGGUUCUGCUUAGCAACAUGGAGGGUUCCAUAGAAGAGUCAUGGGACCCCCAGUCUGUCUCACCUUGGUGGCAGCAGUGCCGUAACAUGUUGGCGCAAACGCACAACUCUGCAGCCGCUCUGCUGGCUGCUUUUGUCGCUCAUCGUGCCGCUAAGGCCAGCAUCACCAGCAGGGCGGACAGCAAGUUACAGUCCGAGUGGGAAGCAGUGUCUUUGGAGCUGGAGCAAUGGGUGGUGUGUGUUCGUCAGCUGGAGGAUGUACUGGUGCUGCAGACGCUACUCUUAGUACCGCCGAUUGUUGCAUCAGCAGGAGGCCCUGCGUUGCUGUGUUCCAUCAAAACACUGCUGGAGGGAGGCUCAGGUGGCAUCACUGACAAUGUCUCCAAGUGGGUGUUCAGGCAUAACCUGGCUCCCGAGCAACUAAAUGAAAUCCUUCAGAAGCCAGAGGAUGAAGAUGUGAAAGAAAGUCAAGAGAACGCAGAUGGAACAGCAGGGCUGUUGGUGGCACUGUGCAAACGCUUUCCACACUCCCUCUCGCCAAACUUGCUCUUUGCUCAUUGCUGCUGGGAGUAUGUGGUGCAGUGGAACAAAGAUCCAGAGGAGGGUGUCCACUUGUGCCGGGCCAUGGAACAUCUGAAGCUGGUUUCCAGUCCGCAUAUCCAACUAGGUAUUUGCACAAUGAUGUGGAGUACCUUUCUUGUCAAACGUUUCUCUGCAGCAGCCUUCCUCAUCGAGAAGGUGGGCAAAUCACCCAAAGAUCGCCUUUGCCGACGGGAUGUAGGAAUGGGAGACAAAGCUUUGACCUCCUUUUUGGGAUGCUGUGUCCAGCUGCUGCAGGUCCUCAUGGAGGUGACUGGACUCUUGGUUAAGAAUCAGUGCCCAUUGUCUUUUGUCAACUACUUUGCGGACUCCGCCGUAGCUGAAGUUCCUCCUCCGGAGCUUUCGGUGGAGGAGGUUUGGUGUGGUGCCGAAGGCCCGGCCUCCAUAGCUGAACUUGCCAUGGAGCAGAAAGGUGUCCACUAUCCCCUGGUGCAGCACCACUGUCUGCUCGCCUCCUUGCUACAUGCCGCCUUGACUUUCAGCCUCAAGGUCAAACCCCUCAGCCUGUUUGACAGCAAGGGUAAGAAUGCUUUCUUUCGAGACCUGACCACCAUUCAGCUAAUGCCAAGUGGAGAUAUGGACCCAGCACUGGUCCUAUCACGACAGGAGUUCCUUCUGCGGGUGCUAGCCGCCUGGGUGCAGUCCAUCGACGAUGCGUCCGUGGCCGACGCGAGCGCAGGGCCCCGGACGCCUCCCUCGAGCGGCCCCCGGGCCGAGUGGUGGCCCUCGCUGUGUCUGGAGCUGGGCGGGCUGCUGCAGGUCUCCCCCGACAACCUGCGACGACACCUAGUUUGCCAGCUCUACAACCAAGGCCUGGACUCGCAGGCGGAAGAGGUGAUGUUAGAGGUGGAAGACAAGGACGUGCUGGGCUCUCAGCUGCUGAUGAUCACAGGACAAAGGCUGAGCUACUCGCUGCUGCGGAGUCAGAACCAAACACAGCCUGCUAUGGAGCUACUCGCCCGCCUGCCUCCCACCCUGUGCACAUGGCUCAAAGCUAUGGACCCCAGUGAGCUGCGGUGCCCCCUGGUGCCCCUCCAUCAGACCAGCAGGCUGGUGGGCUGCGUGAUCGAGAUGCUUCCCGAGAACCAUGGCCAGUACAGCCUGGCACUGCACCUAUUAGAAGCCGUGGACGUCCUUACGGCGGAAGACUGACUCACCCAACAUUGACAGUUAAAUACACAAAGGACACCUUAUGAGCUCCUCAAGUAAACAAAGUUCAGUAAACAGGGGUCAUAUUGUCUUUAUUUUCCUGUUUGGUUCAUGUUAUCAAAUGUUGAAUCAUGUUAAUAGAGCUUAACUAUUUGUUUUAAUGUCCCAUAUUUUUGUAUGUAACAAAUUAGCAAUGUAUAUGAUACUUGAGUUGGUGAUCCUCAUCUUCAAUCAAGUCUGUUAUUAUGAAGACAAAGAACCUUGUUUAAUUGUUUGUGUAUUA